CCGGUAUAAAGUGAGAGGACGCCCGGCCGCCCCGCCCGCCAGCUGCAGCCCCUACCUGGCACCUUGGUCACUCCACCCGCUGGAUCCCAGCCAGACUGCAAGACUCAACAAGUGACUUAAUGAGCAAAUCCUGCCUAGAAGACAACUGUUCAGGGCGACAGGCGGCACGAGAGCCCCUAGCUCCAUUGCACCAUGUGUGGGAUUUGGGCCCUCUUUGGCAGUGAUGAUUGCCUUUCUGUUCAGUGCCUGAGUGCUAUGAAGAUUGCACACAGGGGUCCAGAUGCAUUUCGCUUUGAGAAUGUCAAUGGAUACACCAACUGCUGCUUUGGAUUUCAUCGGUUGGCAGUGGUUGACCAGCUGUUUGGAAUGCAGCCAAUCCGAGUGAAGAAAUAUCCUUAUUUGUGGCUUUGUUACAACGGUGAAAUCUACAACCACAAGAAGAUGCAACACCAUUUUGAAUUUGAAUACCAGACCAAAGUGGAUGGUGAGAUAAUCCUUCAUCUUUACGACAAAGGAGGAAUUGAGCAAACAGUUUGCAUGUUGGAUGGGGUGUUUGCAUUUAUUUUGCUGGAUACUGCCAAUAAGAAAGUGUUCCUGGGCAGAGAUACUUAUGGAGUCAGGCCUUUGUUUAAAACCAUGACGGAAGAUGGAUUUUUGGCUGUGUGUUCAGAAGCUAAAGGUCUUGUUAACUUGAAGCACUCCACAACUCCUUUUUUAAAAGUGGAGCCUUUUCUCCCAGGACACUAUGAAGUUUUGGAUUUAAAGCCGAAUGGCAAAGUUGCAUCAGUGGAAAUGGUCAAAUAUCAUCACUGUAGAGAUGAGCCCCUGCAUGCGCUCUAUGACAAUGUGGAGAAACUCUUCCCAGGUUUUGAGCUAGAAACUGUGAAGAACAACCUCCGGAUACUUUUUGACAAUGCCAUAAAGAAACGCUUAAUGACAGACAGAAGGAUUGGCUGCCUUUUAUCAGGGGGCUUAGAUUCCAGUUUGGUUGCUGCCACCCUGUUGAAGCAGCUAAAAGAGGCUCAAGUACAGUACCCUCUCCAGACAUUUGCGAUUGGCAUGGAAGACAGUACUGAUUUACUCGCUGCUAGAAAGGUGGCAAAUCACAUUGGGAGUGAACACCAUGAAGUCCUCUUUAAUUCUGAGGAAGGCAUUCAGGUCCUGGAUGAAGUCAUAUUUUCCUUGGAAACUUAUGAUAUUACAACAGUACGUGCUUCAGUAGGUAUGUACUUAGUCUCCAAGUAUAUUCGGAAGAACACAGAUAGUGUGGUGAUCUUCUCUGGAGAAGGUUCAGAUGAGCUUACGCAGGGUUACAUAUAUUUUCACAAGGCUCCUUCUCCUGAAAAAGCCGAGGAGGAGAGCGAGAGGCUUCUGAAGGAACUCUACUUGUUCGACGUUCUCCGGGCAGAUCGCACUACUGCUGCCCACGGCCUUGAAUUGCGUGUCCCUUUCCUGGAUCAUCGAUUUUCUUCCUAUUACUUGUCUCUGCCCCCAGAUAUGAGAACUCCCAAGAAUGGGAUAGAAAAACAUCUCCUGAGAGAGACAUUUGAGGACUCCAAUCUAAUACCUAAAGACAUUCUCUGGCGGCCAAAAGAAGCAUUCAGUGAUGGAAUAACCUCGGUUAAGAAUUCCUGGUUUAGGAUUUUACAGGAAUAUGUUGAACAUCAGGUUGAUGAUACAAUGAUGGCGACUGCAGCCCAAAAAUUUCCCUUCAAUACUCCUAAAACUAAGGAAGGCUAUUACUACCGUCAAAUCUUUGAACGCCACUACCCGGGCCGGGCAGACUGGCUGACCCAUUACUGGAUGCCCAAGUGGAUCAAUGCCACGGACCCUUCUGCCCGCACUCUGGCCCAUUACAAGUCAGCCGCCAAAGCCUAGGCACUAUCUGAGCUAUCCAGUGAAAGGAAACAUUCCUCCUGUGAUGAGUAGGGGGCUUGGGGGCAGGAGGGGGAGCAGUGAGCAUCAACCAUUCCAGCUUGUUGGGCAUGGAAAAAAAAUAAAAGUCUUGAAUCUGACACAGUGCUAUAGUCAUUUAUAUUCAUACAGCCCCUUCCUUAGAGGGAGCUAGAAACUGAGCAGCUUU